UUCGUUUCUCCUCUCUUCGACUCCUCCCACCCAUUCCUCUCUCCUCGUCGUCGGGGAGGAGGCGUGCCUACUCCUCCGUUCUCCCGUUCGUUCAUCCCCUUCUCUCCCUCUUCCUGGCGGCGACGACUGGGCGAGCGGCGCCAGCCUACGCCACGCCGGCGACGAGUAUCCACCAGUUGCUCUUAUGGAGAAGGAAGAUACAAAGAAGAAAGAGGCUGAUGACUCCACUCCUCAGCAUCGCCGCAAAGCUGGACUUAAAUUUGCACCCAAAGUUCUUCCUAAGAAAGACCCAAAGAUCAUCCCUAAAACGGAACCACAAGAGGAGAACAAGGCCCUGACAAUUGAUAAGAAAAUGAUGUCUGGACUUGGGAGCUUGCAGAGCAGUUAUGGCCCAGGAAGUGGAACUAAGGCUGAGAAACAAGGAACCCCUGUCCAGGUUGCAUUUGGACGAGCAGACCCUUCAAUUGCAAGAACUUUUCCCACUCGAAGAAGCUUUUCAUCAGACGUAUCUGCUGUAAAAUUACCCAAGGAGCACGAUGAACCAUGGGACUACAACUGCACCGAUUAUCCUGUUACUCUACCACUGAGAAGGCCCAACUCUGGAAAUGCAGAAAUUCUUGAUGAAGAGGAAUUCGGACAUUCAUCCGGCAGAGCCCAAGUUAGUGAACUGAGUGCAGCUGAAGAACUUGGUCUGAUGCAAAGGGUAGAUACGCCGCAGUUGCUCUUCUUCCAGUUUCCUACAACUCUUCCUUUACCAAGGCAGGCUGACCCAGAUGCUGGCACAAAUAUGAAUAUGAAUGCAAAAUCCAUGGGGGACAACAGGAAGAGGCGUCUCGACUCAAUCCAUGGCUGUGGUCUGAAAGAGCUCCCAGAUGGCUUCAUGGGGAAGAUGCUCGUGUACAAGAGUGGUAAAGUGAAGAUGACGCUCGGUGAUGUGCUUUUUGAUGUUUCAGCUGGCUCGAAUUGCAUGUUUCCUCAGGAAGUUGUAGCAAUUAACACCAGGGAGAAGCACUGCUGCGGCAUAGGGGAGAUCGGAAAGCGUGCAAUUGUAACACCUGAUAUCAACUCUUUGCUAGAAUCUAUUGAGAUUUGAUAAGAUGGAGUAGCCUGUGGGGUGUUACGAAUGGGUAAAUCUAGGUCCUGUUGCAUGUUAUGCUUGGUGGAAAUGUUUAGAAGUACUUCAGCGGUGGUCGCAAGUGGGUCGAUGCUGCUGCAACCAUGUGAAGACUAUGGAGUUGCAAAUCUGCAGGAGUAGAGCUAACUUUUCUGAUUUCAGAUGUAAAUGGCAAAGGAAUUGUUUUGCUUGUUUACUUUGACCCCCUGUUUUCACCUAACAAUCGGAACACUUGACUGAUGUCAGGAGUUCACGGCAGUUAAAGGAACAUUACAUUCUGUUUUGGUCCAUUUUGUCCAUGAAUGAAGGAAAACACGUGGUUCUUGACGGGAA